AGCGUUUUUCGUUCUUGUAUUAUUACAUUAUGCAAGUUUUAGUACUUUUGCUAUUCGAACACAAUCACUCUCUUUCUUCAGGACGUGCUCUUAAGACUAUAAAAAUGUAAUGGCAUGUAAAUAUCACAUUUUUUUAAUACUCACUCUCUUUCUAAAUGUUUGAAUCCGACCAAACAUCACCAUAUAAAAUGAAACAAGAGUACUUGAGUGGUUUAUAUAAUAAUUGGUGGCCUAAAUACCUUCUUUUCUUCUAUUAUCUGAUCGUAGCAUUAUCAGCCAUAGGAACUGCAAUAGCUGUUACGUGCUGCUUGAUAUGCUGCUUCCGAUAUAAGAAAUCAUGUGACCCCUGUGUUUCAUUAACAAAUAAGGCAGAAAGAGAAGAUCAUAAUGUUGGAGCCAACUUGAGGCAGUAUGGAUCACUAGCUCCAAUGGCACAUAGCUAUUCAAACGUUAAGAAAAUGACAAAAUCCUUUAAAGAGAAACUUGGAGAAGGUGGUUAUGGAGGGGUCUACAGAGGUAACCUUAAUGGUCAUCCUGUUGCUGUGAAGAUCUUAAAAGAGACCAAGGGGAAUGGAGAAGAAUUCAUUAACGAAGUUGCAAGCAUCAGUCGAACUUCUCAUGUCAACAUUGUUACUCUACUGGGAUUUUGUUUGAAUCGUCGGGAAAAAGCUCUUAUUUAUGAGUUCAUGCCAAAUGGAUCUCUUGAUAAACACAUAUACGACGAAGAUUCUAAAUUGGGAUGGCAAAUGUUGUACAAAAUUGCAUUAGGGAUAGCUCGAGGACUGGAAUAUUUGCAUAGAGGGUGCAACUCACAAAUUCUGCAUUUUGACAUAAAGCCUCACAAUAUUCUUUUGGACGAGGACUUUUGUCCCAAGAUAUCUGAUUUUGGUUUAGCAAAACUAUGUACUCGAAAAGAUAGCAUAACGUCCACACUAGAACCCCAAGGAACUAUCGGUUACAUAGCUCCAGAGUUGUUCUAUAGAAAUUUUGGUGGAGUGUCACACAAGUCUGACGUUUAUAGUUAUGGAAUGAUGAUUCUCGAAAUGGUCGGGGGAAGAAAGAACUACAGUGUUGAAAGAAGCCAUCACAGUAAAAUAUAUUUCCCACGUUGGGCUUAUCAACGAAUUUUGCUAGAGAAAGACCUAAAUAUACGAGACAUGAUGACCAAUGAAGAAGAACUGAUUGCCAAAAAAAUGACAUUAGUGGGUUUGUGGUGCAUUCAGACUAACCCCUCGCAAAGGCCAGCUAUCGGCAAGGUAAUUGAAAUGUUAGAAGGUGAUAUGGAGGCCUUGGAAAUCCCACCAAAACCGUUCAUCUGUUCUCCGUCAGGAUCAGAAGGAUCGCCAAUGCCCACUUUGGAUCUACCUGCAACAAAGCCCUUCUUAAAUUCUCCUUUGAGUACAACGGUUGAGUCUACAUCCUUGGAAAUAGUAUAGUUUGCAGAUGAAGUUUUUGGACAAUACUUUGGUACAACAUUGGAAUAUACCAAUUAAACAUUAGUUAUAAAAAUGGGGGAAAUUCCACUUAAAGGUUAAAAUUUGGUUAUUUAUUUUCUUAAUUAACUUUUUAACUUUUGCAUGAGAGAAAAGAGGAGAAGGGGAUUUUGUAGUCUGUGUUGAGGCUUAGUUUAAUUUACUAAUUGAUGUAUUAUGCUAAUUCUUGACUUGGAGAAGAAACUAAUGACAGACUACUUCUGAACUACCCUAAGAAUAGAGUACCUCCUUUUACAUUGUGCUUGCAUGUGCUUGCAUCCUAUGCAUAUUUUCUCUCUCUCACAAACGUUCCUCUAGUUUGUGAAACCGCUUUAAACUCCAUGUUUGUGAAUCCGCCUACAACUACCACCUAAAUGCUUUCGAGAGCAUGCUUCUCAUAUGAGUAUUUUUUUUUUUUUUGUCAUUUGAAAAUAUUCAGUUUCAGUGAGAGUUUGCUUGUAUGUUCUUAAUCUUCUUUUGAUAUAGACAUAUUUUAAGAUAUUUUAGUUGAAGUUAUUUUCUGUAAAAAUAAAAUAUUUAGUUUUUGCUAAUAUCCCGUUAUUAGAAAUGAGGGAGUCAAUCUGCUAUGAAAUUCGUGUGUUUUGGGUUUCAAGACACAAAAAUCAAAGGCUGAAGAAUCUUAUUGGUAUUCUCCGGCAACUAAUUCCUUUUUCGAUGAUUUGGCAUGAUAAAUCAUGAAGAUAAUGUUGUUUUCAUCUAUUAUUGUGUUACAACAUUUGAUGAAGCUAUAAAAAUAAAAAUAAAAAUUAUUAUCUCGAUUUUAAUUUUGUUAGUUCGAUGUUUUGUCAAUGUAAUGACGUGAUUACUAAGGCUGCCCGGAAGUUUCUCUCAUUUGUCUUUUCUUUUUUUGGGUCUUGUGGAUGAAGCUGUGAGUUUUGCCUAAUCAAACGCUAUGAAAAUAUCUUUUUCGGGUAAGGACCACCUCCACUAAUUGAUCCUCCAAUAAUUUCAAUGGAGUGCCCGAUUAAUGCCACCUGUCCAUGUUUAUAUGUCAAAGGCUUAGAUUGCUUCAUUAUCUUUCUUUCACUUUCAUGCUCACUUGAAUAUCCAUUGUUACCCACCUCGCUAAACUAUUUUCACUCACUACAAAUUUUCAUGACUGUUAAAUAAACCUCAAUUCGGGUAACUAUCAUCUCCAUCGAAUUCUUGGAAUUCAUCUACAUGUUUUGUGUUCACCAAUUUUGAUGUUGAAGAAUGCUAUCGAAGAGGGAAAAAGUUAAUAGAGAAGCAGAUAAUAUUGUUCAGUGAGCAGAGCAAGUAUAUUUUAG